CCAGACGAACAGAACUGAUUUCUCCCCACACUCUCAAAUUCUCUCGGUCGUCACUAUCAUAUUCAGUCGGCACCGCCACUAGCGGUCCACCCCGACGCACCACCAUCGACCGCUCACCGCCCCCACCGGACCACCAUCGACCCUCCCUUCACUUCCAAGGACUUCAUACCCCCAGUUUAUUCUUAUUUUCUUUACCUGGAAAGCAAAGGGUUUUGGGUUCCUUCAACUCCAUCUCUAUUAGGCUUAUUGUUUCCUUCUCAGUUCUUAUCCCUCUUUCAAUUUUCACUUCUUUUGGUAAUUUCGUCGACUCCUAUGGUUAGAAUGACUUCUUCUUCACAUUGUCGGCAUAAUCGUCUUACUCCUUCUCCAGGGACUCAAGGUAGCCCUAAAUCGGUUGAAGGAAUAUCUCACUCUAUUUCAAUUUGGCAUAUUACACGAGCAGAAUUCUUCUAUUUCAGAACAUUCCGAGAUUCGACUUCAUUUGAAGAUUUCAAUGGAUAAGUUUGGAUAUUGAUACGAAACACUUUCGCUAUUAGAUUAUACACAAUUUGGCAAGAUAUAUCCAUCAGCUCCUAAGUAGUAAAACCAGAAGCAUAAAUGGCAAUUUUGUAUUACAAGAAUUACUAGGUUUUUCAUUAUGAAGUGAAUCUAACGAUACUCUCUCACCCCUUUGAAUGGGUAUAUUAGGAUAUAUCUGUUUUGGGAUAGAAAAACUCAUCAAAUUGACAAGUUAUACGUAUCAAAUCAUGUUUUUUAUUUGGAACUUGAUUUUCAUUACAUUUUGAUGGUAGGGUUUAAUUGCAAGUUUUUUUCUUGGUGGCUGUAUUUCUAUUGCCCUUCUCUUGGUUCUGGUGAAAAAAACCUUUUUCCUUUUCCUUUUCCUUUUCCUUUUCUCUUUCUAACCUUGAUUAUUUAAUGUUUAGACAAAACUGCAAAUUUGGUCCUUGUGGUUUGGCAAAACCUUUGGAUGGGGUCCAAAAAGUUUCCAGCUUGCACCAAAGGUCCAAAAUCAAGGUUUUCAUGGGUUUUUAGUCCAUUCCGUCAUUGACCGUUUGUUUGGGGCCGUUAGUGCCUUCACGUGCCCUCCAUGUGAGGGCAUUUUGGUCAUUUUAGGUCCUAGCCUCCGUUGCCGCCACUUCAAUUAAUUAGAUUGCAGACUGUACACUCCUUCGUCUUCUACUCAUACCUCUUGAUUCAAACGCAAAAACCCUAACGAUCGUCUGAAAAUUGGAUUGUGUUCCUGCUUUUGAAAAUGUGGGGACUUAGAAAUGUUGGAGAGAUUGUCAACGUUCAAGAAGUUUAUGCUGGUUACCCCAACAUAUUCUCUAUUGAACUUCAUCACGGAGGGAGUUUCACAAAGUUUCCAAAUAUCAGGUAUAUUAAUGGCCAAGUAAGGUACUUUGAUGUUGUCGACAUUGAUGAAUUUUCUGUUCAUGAACUAGACUUGAUGAUGAGAGAAUUAGGGUAUGAUGGUACUGAAAUCAUGUAUUACCAUUUCCGUUUGCCUAAUGAAGGAUUUGACUUUGGACUCCGAGCAUUAGGUAACGAUGAUGAUGUGCGUAAUCUCUCACGGUAUGUUACCCAUCAUAACAAAAUGAUUAAAGUGUACACAGAGCAUGGUCAAACGAACUUGCUUACAUAUUUUAUGUCCCCAACUGGUCCAAGAAGGGUUAUAAUAGAAGACAUGGAGAAGCAGGAUUCCAUUAGACCCUCAUCACCUGUAGUUGCUCAUGAAGUGGUAACUCCAAUCCAAAUUGAUGUUGGUGAGGGUGAUUUAGGGUUAGCAUUAACCUUAUACAAAUCAGCAACACCUGAAUUUAGUAGGUCUAAAGGUUGGAAACAUAGUAAAGGGGCAUCGUCUUGUAGUACAAAGCUUAACUUGGAUUGGGAAGGUGCUGAAAAAACAAUGGCAAGUGGUGAAGUUGAUAAGGGUAAGGGUGUAGAAGGAUUUGUAGAUGAAUUUGUUGUAGUUGAUGCAGAAAAAGAGUUAAACAAAGAGAUUUAUGUGAAUGAAGAACUUGAUGUGAACAAAUCCAAUGGUGAGGGUGUAGAAGGAUUUGCAGAUGAGGGGUAUAGAGUUGUCAUGGAUAAUGAUCCUCAAGGAGUCAAUGAAUUUUCAACUAACAUCAACAUAGAUGAUGAGUUAAUGACAAACUUCCAACCUUUUGAAGACCAAGAUAGCAUCCCAUUUAAUGGGUUUGAAGGCCAAGAUAACAUUCCUUUCAACGAUGAGUGGAGACAAGAGGAGCCUGAUGACAUUGAUUUUGAGAAUCAAAACAGUGAAGAUGAAGAUAGUGACUUUAUGAUUGAUGAGGACAACAUAAUUGAAGAUGUUGACGUUGACAUGGAGGAUUUCAACCUAAAUAUUGAUACAGAAGCAGAGUUCAAUGGAUGUCAAAGAAUGGGUGGUCAAAGAAAUGAAGAUAGUGAUGAAGAAGAUGAUUUGGAGGUAAUUGACAAUGACGAGUGGGAUUCAUUAAGUGAGGACUCAGGGGACAACAGGAAAAGAAGAGAAAUGAUCAAAGAGCUGGGGAAACAAACCUUAUGUUCUGCUGGUGAGGUGCACAAGGUAGCUUUUCAUAUUGGGCAGAAAUAUAAAGCCAAGAAAGAAUUGAAAGACAAAAUUGACCUGCAUGCUUUAGAGACAAGGAGGAAUAUCUCAUUCACAAAAAACGACAAGAGUAGAUUGACAGCUGUUUGUGAUGGAACUGUAGUUUUAAAUGCAAGUGGGGUAGGUGGACCUACCUCUGGGAAAAAGGUAAAGGGUAAAGAUGUAAACUCAGAUAAAGUUAAAUGCACAUGGAAACUUCAUGCAUCUAGGUCAAGUGAACAGGACUAUUGGUUUAUUAAGACCUAUAAUCAGAAACACAUCUGCCUCCAAACACGAAAAAUUAGAUCUUGCACAGCAACAUUUCUUUCCAAACGUAUUAUGGAUCAGAUUGAAGCUAAUCCUGGACUGCCUGUUCGUGCCCUACAAGAGCAACUCCAAUCAACUUAUGGAGUUAGUAUUUCAGAAGAGAAAGCAUUUAGGGCAAGAGCAUUAGCCACCAAAAAUGUUGCAGGGGAUUACGUAAAGCAAUAUGCAGCUUUGAGAGACUAUGUACUAGAGCUACAAAAGACAAAUGAAGGUACAACUGUAAAGAUUGAUGUGGUUUCAGAACCUGUGGUUUCAUCCCCAACCAGGCAAUUCAGAAGGAUAUAUGUGUGUUUAGGUCCUUUGAAGAAAGGUUUUAAGGCAGGUUUGAGAGAAUUUUUAGGCUUAGAUGGAGCCUUCAUGAAGGGACCUUUCCCAGGUCAAAUACUAAGUGCAGUUGGUGUUGAUUCCAACAAUGGAACCUACCCAUUGGCAUAUGCUGUUGUUGAAAGUGAAAACACUUCAAGUUGGAAAUGGUUUCUUCAGUGUCUUGCAGAAGAUCUUGAGUUGUAUUCAAAUUCCAACUUCACCUUUAUCAGUGAUAGACAGAAGGGUCUUCUACCAGCCAUAGAACAAUUGUUCCCUAAUGCAGAACACAGGUUCUGUAUUAGACACAUAUACCAGAACAUGAGGAUCAGAUUUAAGACUACAGAAUACAAGGAGUAUUUUUGGAGGUGUGCUACAGCCACCACCAUACCAGAGUUUGAAGCUGUAAUGGUAGAGCUAAGGAAUUAUGACAUAGAAGCAUAUCAGUGGCUCUUGAAAAUCCCUCCACAUCAUUGGGCUAGAAGUCAUUUUUCAGGAAGGGCAAUUUCAGACAUGUUAUUGAAUAACCUUUGUGAAGUGUUCAAUAGCAAACUUGUUAAAGGGAGAGACAAACCCAUUAUCAGUUGUUUGGAGUUCAUCAGAGAGUACCUUAUGAAGAGAGUAUGCAAUGUGAUGAAGGUGUUAAACAAGUGUCAAGGUCCAUUAACUCCAACUGGUACUAGGAUUUUGGAAUCAAACACAACACUAGCUAGUAAGUAUCAUGCACGAUGGAAUGGGGGACAAAAGUAUCAGGUUAAAGGUCCAUGGAAUGAUCAACAUGUGGUGGACAUGGAGAAAAGGGAGUGUAGUUGUAGAAAGUGGGAGCUUACUGGAAUUCCUUGCAAACAUGCAAUUGCAAGCCUAAAUGAAAUGGCAGACAAUAAUGAAAAGGUGGGAGAACUAUACACCUAUGUGCAUAAGGUGUAUUGGCUUGAUACAUGGAAAGAGAUGUACUCCUUCAAGGUGGAGCCUAUCAAAGGUAGAGCCAUGUGGCCUAAGAGUGACUGCCCAACAACUCUUGUGCCUCCACCACACAACAAAGCUAUAGGCAGGCCAAAAAAGAAAAGAAGGAUUACAGCAGAGGAAAGGAUUGAAAUCCAGCAACGUAAGAGGCAAGCAAACAGUCAAAGUCAAAAUGAUAAUGAAACUCAAUCACUGAGCAGGAAGUUUUUGACUGUGACAUGUAGUAAGUGUAAGCAAAAGGGUCACAAUGCCAGGACCUGCAAGGCCAAAGAUGGGAAUUGAUGUUUAAGUACUUUUUAUGUUUGUGAAGACUUGUUAAUGCACUUUAGUUGCUACUUUGUUGCCUUUUUUUUUGAUCCAUUUUGAUAAUGUACUUUGAUGCCCUUAUGAUAAUGUACUUUAAUGCCCUUUGUUGGUAA